AUGACGAAAACACCAGAAUGCCGACAUAAUGGACCGAAACGACGUCGUCGACCUUCGUAUCUUGUACGACAGGAUGAAGUAAAGAAACUUAAGAUGCAACUACAGAUACUCAAGAUCCGUUUAGCACGUCUUCAGACUCGUCCAAAGAGUAUUCAGGCUCAGAUUUUAGAUGUUGUCGGUGCAAAUAAUUCCCUUCGAGAAUUUAUAUACAGCCAACAAUUGGCAGUCGCAGGAGCGCGGUCAAUGCUGGCUCAGAAUCAGGAGAGACAAAGUGGAAGUCCAUUAUGCAGAAAUAUCCACUUGCCUAUGGAAUGGUCGAAACGACGUCAAGUAUUAUUGAGUCUCAAGUUUGAUAUGAUAACUCGAGGUUGUCAAUAUGUCGUUGCUCGUAGUCAAUAUCUGGAUUUACUGAAACCUCAAUUGAUGGAUCAUCGCUAUGAAGACGCACAGGGCAAUUUUUGCUGUGAACGGUUCGAGUUUUUUCAUUUUACUGGUGCACAGUCAAUGAAACAGGUUUUUGAAGCUAUUAAAUGCUUUAUGCUGAAUAUGGAAAUUACGAUUUCGGAAGCUUUAGGACACACGACAGUUCGUGAAGACUAUGAUACCGUGGACGAAGGGACAUCGAUCUGGAACUAUCGACUCUUGUCGACGGAUAGCCAUGAGAUCACGUCCGAGGUGAACAAAGUCGUGUUGACGGAAUACUUUGAUCAGUCGGUGCAAAUGGGUGGAAAACCUUGUGCUGUGGUCGUCACGGAUAGCGUUGAUGUUGAUGACUUGUAUCCGUACGAACCUCGAGAGAGAGUGCGAAGAGAUAUUAGUGCGAUUACUGUACUGACUGAAAUGAGGUGCAAAAAGUCAAUGUCGACGUCGAGUGAAACGCAAGCAAACCACACGUCUGGAGGAAACAUUUCUCAGGUUGAUGGUGGCGACGAAGAGGAAGAACUGGUUGUUGUAAUGCAGCGUGUUGCAUUCAUGAAGAUGCACAAACCCGACUUUGAGAUCUCAAGAAACGCGAUGCGUGCGUUGAAGGAAGGCAUAGCGAGUUGGGGAGAGGUUGAGGUUCAGUCAAUCCGAGGAGCUGUCAAUGCUUGA